UGAGUCGUUGCAUUUCAGCACCAGGGCGGAGGCUGUGCUGUCUCGGAGGAGACCGAAAAUGGAGCAGGGACUCUCAGCUGCCUCGCAGGCUUCGCGACACGACGCCUUCCUGGAUCGGAUGACGCGUGUGGACAGAAAGCCGGUAAACAUUGAAGAAGACGGGCUGCAGAGCUGUACAGAGACUGCUCCUGAACCGUACACUAACGGCUUCUGUGGGCUACUGUUAUGCCUCAUGAGACUUGGUCCCUGCGAGGGGUUCCCCCUCAGGUCAAACCAGCACCUGGUGGACUUGUGAGUUGCCCUUUCUGCCCUCGGACAGCAGAGUACCCUGCUGUGGCUGCACACCUUCAAAGUCACCAGAGGUCGAUGGUACAAUAUGAAGGUUAUGACAUUUACAAGUGCCACCAGGCAUGUUUAAAAGACGGUCACUACCACUGUGACUUGUGUCAGAGGGCAAUUGGGAGGAAGGAGCUGUUUGAGAAACACCUUAGAAAGUGUUCUUCAACAUCGAGGCAACAUCAGGCCAGAACAACUGAUGGAACCGUCGUCAGUGACCCUCUCUUACCAGAAACCGAGAUGCACACAGAAAACGAUUUAAACUCUUGCAAAACCGGUUCGAAAAUGGCAACAUACACAGCCGAAGUCGCUACAGGACAUUCUGUUGUGGUGGAGGUGAGCCCAGAUAUCCACAUCUGUGGCUUCUGCAAACAGCAGUAUAAUAAUUUUGAGGUCUUUCUCGCCCAUAAGAAAAAUGGAUGUUCCUUGCCCACCCCUGAUACACCAGCCACCACUACAGCAGCCUCUCUCACAGAUUCCAGUACUGAGUUUAUUUUCGAGGAGACCUACCAGACCUGCUUCAAGAAAGGCGUCAAAAAGAUCCUGACCAAAGCACAAAAAACACCUUCCAAAAAAUUAAAACCUGCCCUGACUUCAAAGAGACACAGCUGCUGUUUCUCAGGUUGCACUUUUAAGACACAAUAUGGCCAAAAAGACAUGGAGCGGCAUCUCAAAACCCACACCGGUGAGAAGCCAUUUGAGUGCGAGCUGUGCCACAAGCGCUUCAGUCGGCGAGACAAGCUCAACAUGCACAGCCGCUCACACACAGGCGAGAAGCCACACAAGUGUAAACACUGUCCCUAUGCAGCUGCAGACAGCAGCAGUUUGAAGAAGCACCUGCGGAUCCACUAUGAUGAGCGACCAUUCAAAUGCCAGAUCUGUCCUUAUGCCAGCCGAAACUCCAGCCAGCUCACUGUGCAUCUCCGCUCGCACACAGGAGAUGCACCUUUCCAGUGCCAACAGUGCGAUGCCAAGUUCAAAAUCAACUCAGACCUGAAGCGGCACAUUCGGAUUCACUCUGGUGAGAAACCUUAUAAGUGUGACUUUUGUGAGUACCGCUGCGCCAUGAAAGGCAACCUGAAAUCUCACAUUCAGAUCAAACAUGGCACAGAAAACUCUUUUCACUGCGUGCAUUGUGAUUUCAAGUGUGCCAACAAGACUGCUCUGCGGCAACACUCGAGAGAACACCAACCUACUCAGCCCAUUCAGUGUUCCAAGUGCACUUAUUCCUGCUCCAGCAAGGGGGCGCUCAAAGUCCACGAGCAGAUCCACUCAGAGGAGCGCCCCUUUAAAUGUGACUUUUGCAACUUUGCCUCCAAGCAGCGCAGCAAUCUUGUCAUUCACAAAAAGAAGUGCCACUCAGAUAAACCUGAGAAAGGCGGCACAGGGGGAGGCAAGAGCGGAGGUGGUGAAUCUCCAAAGCCUGUCAGCUCUCGGUAUCGGGCCAAGCUGGAUGCAGCUCGAGCCUUCUGCUGCGACUCAUGCGAUGCUUCUUUUGUGAGGGAGGACUCUCUGCGGAGCCACAAGAAGCAACAUAGAGACAGUCAGAAUGUGUUGCAGCUCCAGCUCUCCACACCAGCAGAUGCAAUCAACUUGGUUCCCGUUACAAUGCCACAGAGCAACACUCACCUUGAAGUCCCCAUCCCGUCUAGUUCAAUGGCUCCUUACAGUAAUGCACAGCUCAAAAUCAUCGUAUCUCACCCUUUGGGACAGGAGAACCCCUUAAUCCCAGCUGGCGGGGACAGUCAGAAUAAGACCAACAUGGUUUUGCUUAGCCCCGAAAACCAGGACAUGGUCGUCAACUCGAUCAUCCAGCAGGUCAACCUGCUGGCACCUAUGCAACCCCUCGUGUCAUCCCAGGCCACGGAAGCUACUCUCGAACCCCAGACUGUCCUUUUGACGCAGCUCAGCUCAGAAGAUGCCAACAACCCUCUCCACCAGGCGCUGCUGCAGACGGCAAUAACCGCUCAGGACUCUAGCAGCAGCAGCAGCAACAACACACAGACUUUCAUCACCACCUGCUCUGAACUGGAGGGUCUCAACGCCCUGAUCCAGGAGGGGGGCACCGAGGUUACAGUGGUGACGGAAGGGAACGCCGCCCUGGUGACCGCAGGAACUCCACCAGAAAUGUCCAAGCCAGCAGAGACAGUGACGGUCGAGGAGAGCACAUUGCCCUGUGAAGAAAACACGUUGCUGGUGCCAAACAUCAGCCUGAGCAGCCAGAAUGUGGUCAUCCACGGCGUCCCGCUGAUAGUGUCCGCUCAGCCACAGCGGAGUGAAGUAGAGCAGCUCUCUCCUCACACACUCUACUCAGAUUCACACACACUAGAAGGCAUCCCACAAUGACUGGAGCGUGUUUAUGUGAAACUAAAAAGACUUGAACUGCAUCAUAAGCUAUUUUUAUUUUUUUUGCUGGUAAGAACUCGUAGGCCUCACCUUAACCACUGAAAUAACAAUAAUGUUGACUGAAGCUUAAUUUACUUUUCAGAUUUUUAGAAUAUUUAAUUGUUGUAGUAGCACAAUAGUUCAGUCCAGGAUGUUGUCACAUUUAACGAUGAUUAACUUUCAAUUAGAAAAAAUCGUUCAUUUUGACUUCAUUUCAUACACUUUAUUUUCAUGUGUAAUUUUUGGAGAAGUUUAAAAUAAACCUUAUUUUAAAUAAACUGAAUGAGUCAUUUAGCUGAAAUAAGGUUUAUUUUCAGGCAACAUCAUAACAGAAAAAUCUGAAAAAAAGAAGAAUAAAGUUUAAACCAAAUGGACGCAACAAUUUGAAUGUAUUUGUGCCAUGCGUUUUUCAUGUUUGUCCAUAAGGUGGCAGCAGAGUGACAAGCGUAAAGGGAGACCUAUUGAUCUGAAAUAUUGGGUAUGUGUAGCUUUUUUUUUUUUUUUUUUUUUUUUUCCCAAGGAAUUAUUUUUAAGUCCUCAUUCUGAAUGUAGGACACUGAUGUCGGUUGUAGAAAACAUUAGUCUACAUAUCAAGGUCUUUAGUUUCUGAAAGGCAAGUUGCUCUCCCAAUAGAUUUUUCAAUAAAGGGUCUGUUUUGCUUGUUGCUAUCUA